ACAGUAGUAGUGAGUGGUUGAAUUAACUAAAAAAACAAAAAACGAUUAUCACUAGUCAUAUUUUUUAAAGUAUAAAUAGAAAUAAAUCAUAAUACUCCAAUGUCAUCGUCCAAAGAGUGCACGACGCAAAUCUGCCAAUAUCAGAGUCUGGGGCAAAGAUACACCGGCAGUAAGAGACCAGAUCUUGAGCUUACCUUGCGCGAAUAUGGCAAAGAUUCUGUUGAAAUCGAACUAACCAAUUUACGAUAUACCACUCAGAAAAGAAAACGAAUUAAGCACAUAUGUAUGCUUAUAACUAUGUAUGUGGUGUAUAGCAUUUUGAAAUCUAAAAGUUGCCUAUUAUUCAAAGGACACAUAUUGUGCGACUUCAGCUUCCUUUUCUGGUUACUUUACCGACUCUUCGGUUUAUUUUCCUUAAUUCAAACUGAAAAAGUUCUAUUCUGCCUGGAUCUCGCUCUUCAAUGCCACACAGUGCGAUUUUUGUCGCGUACUUCAAAUUUAUUUAUUCCUGCCAACAGUAUUUAUGAUGUGGUAAUAAACGAGGUGAUUGAAAAUAUGGAUGUGCAUUACAUACUUAUCAUUCGAACAAAAGGAGAUAUUUUUCAAAAGAAACCGAUAAUUGCCCUUUUCAAUAGUUUGCAUCCAUCAUUCGAGUGUUUACAUAUGGUUUAUAAGCGCCUUAACAAAAUAAGACAACAAUCAAGCCCAAUUUAGAUUUGUAU